CGGUUUGUGGCGUUUGUGCGGCUAAAUCGUAUCAGCAUCCGUCACACCGUAGCGUUGUUAAAUGUUGACCAUCUUUAAUCUUACGUCUUUGAUAGUUUAAUUUCUUAUUCACGCAAUUCACGAGGAUUUUCGUCUUCGUUCUCCGAAGUGCGAAAUCAGUGGUCAAUCCGCAACUGUCGUCAACGGGCACAGUUUUAGUCUGGUGCCCCAGCAACAGCGUCCAGAGCCCGUGGUGUAGUAUAAUAUUAUGAUGUCUCGGUCAGUGCGUGCGGAGACCAGAAGCCGGGCCAAAGAUGACAUCAAGAGAGUCAUGCAAGUUGUGGACAAGGUCCGCCGAUGGUAAGUCCGCAAAUAUUCUUCUCCCGUUUUACACAAACCUGACCAUAUUGUGUUCUCUCUGUCUUCUGAUGAAGUUUUUUUGUCCAGUUUACUAUUCGUACAAUUUAUUUGAUUUUCUGAAUAAUUGCCCUUCUCACUAACAUAAUUUUAUGGUUUUUAAAUUAAACUGAGUUUAUAAGAUAACUGAUCAAUCGUGGUCAGUCAUAAACUCCAUUUAAAAAUCAGAUAAACAAAUUAGUCUAUGUUGGUGAGAACAACACUACAUCUAUUUCAAUUAAUCCUAUUCUAUUUAAAUUUUCCUAGUUUUUAUGUCAGGUACUAUGUAAUAGUUAGUAUCAGUUGACUACACCGAAAAAUUAUCUCUGUAUACCAUAGAUUUUGUCCAAAUGAAGGUACUGGGAAUUUAAAAAAUGACUAACUAGAACAAAAAUAUUUCCAGAAACCCCUUGUAAUGUUUUUGGUUUGGAGCAAAUCUUGUUAGAAAAUCCACAUACCUACCUGAAUAGAUAAAUACAUUUUCAAAAUUGAAUAAUAUUUCAUAUAUAUUCAGUAUGAAAUUAAUUUACAUUCUGAUGUUGGUUGAAUAAGGAACAUUUAUAAUAUUAUGUUAUAAAACAAGACAAAAUAAUGUUUUCUUUUUAUUACCUAAUCAAGAAAAAACAUUGGUUUGAACACAUUUAACUUUCCUAAAUUAAAUUAAAUGUUUAUGAACAAAAUGAAAAAUGUAUUCAGUAUAAAUAUUAAUAUAAUUUACUUUUUCAGGGAAAAAAAAUGGGUUACCAUUGGAGAAACUACCAUGAAAAUAUACAAAUGGGUUCCCAUAAUAUCCAAUGAUCAGGUUGGUAUUUUUACUUUAAAUUAAAUCAUACUGUCUUUUUGUUCUAUUUGAACUGUGAACCGAAGGAAAUUUGUUUCCUAUUUUUCCCUCUGAUCCCUAUCAUUUAUUGGAUAACAACAAAACAAUAACAAUUUCAAAAAAGUACUUCAGCAGCAUGUGAGAGAAGAGUGGAGAUCUGCCUCUGCUUUCCCCAGUUCACAAUAGUAAUAAGAUUGACAUUCCAAUAAAAUAAACCUCUAAAAAGUUUUUUAUUUAAUUACUGUUUAAGGAAAUUCCACGCUGUUGCUCCUGUCCACCAUUAUACAAUUAUACUACCUAUAGUAUAUUAGUUGAAAUUAACCAUUUCUUAAAUGUUAGUUUUAGAUUAAAGUUUAAUAGGCUUUUUCCAGGCUUAGUAACUGGUGUAAUAAUAAUAAUAAUAUAUAUACAUUACACCUACUUAUAUAGUUGACAUGACUUGAUUUUUAAUUUUGAUUAACAAAAAAUGAGAAUUGAAUUUGUAAAUUAUUGUAGUGUUAAUUUAAGAAUGUUAAUAUCUUUAAAAUACUAGGUUAGGUUUUUCACGACCUUUUUAAAACAUUGGUAAAUGUCAAUAACUACUUAAGGAAAAAUGUUACAACCCAAUAAACAAUGUAGUUCUAAAUAUCUCUUAACUAUAUAGAAUAAAAUAUUAAUCAAGUAUGUAAAUUACUAAUAAAUGCAAUUUUUAAAGAAUGUAUACUGUUUUAACAAAAGAAAGAGCUAAUACUGCUAAUGGGUGCCCACCGUUGUGUGUGAGAAAUGGGGAAGAUAGGAUACAUAGUUAUUUAAUUUACAUCUGUACGCAAUGAUAAAUCAUUGUUGACAAAAUAUGAUUCUGAGAAUAUUUUGGUUAAACAGGCCGUGUUUAGUGUUCCAAUAUUACUCAUAGUUACUUCAUCACAUCCGUUCAUUUUUAUUAACUAAACCAAAUUUUGAUACACUUGAUAGUUACGCGCUAACAUAGUUCCAUUGCUUAAAGUUGUUUACCAUCUGUAUAUGGCCUUCAUUUAAUACUACUAUAUAUUAUUUUCAUUGGUUCUUGGAACCUAAAUAAUACAUAGAAACAUAACAAAAUAUUAUAUGAUAUAAUUAAUUAUUAUUGCUCUCUAGAAUUUCAAGAUUUGAGUUCCCAUACUCUAUUUUAUUUAAAUACAUACAGAACAUUUUUAAUUAAACUAAUAGGUAUGCUAAGAACAAAGAUCUCAAACAAAGUUAUCUUUGUUAUUUUGAAUGGAAAUUUGUACCAAUAUCACUUGAGAAAACUGACUUAUGCUCUGUUUUAAUGGCUCAAAAAAUUAUUAAAGAAUUUGAUUAUAUCAAUAUUAGAUAAAAUAAAAAUUGUAUGAACAAAAUGUCAGGAAAUUAUUUUUUCGUGUCAAGUAUACAACAUAGUACUAUACUAUUUUCAAAAUAAAAAUGUACUGUGCCAUACAUCCAAACAGUGCCAGAUGUUCUGUGAUGGAUUUUUAAUAAUUAGUAGAGACAUGGCCACACACGAACCAAUUUUUUUUAUUGAUUUUUUUUAUUAAUACAACCUGGUGUUAAGUCAAUUUAUGUCAAAUGUUGGUUUUGCAAUUAGACAGUUAUUUUAACUAUUUAAGACAAUAUAUAAAUUUAUUAAACUUUGUAAUUUCUGGAUUUAAAACUUUCUGUUUUUCUGAGCUUUCCAAAUGUGAUAUUUUGGAAGUUCAGAAGGGUGCCUACUACAAAAGUCUUGAAAUAUUUGUUUACAUUAAUACAUCAAUUUCACACACUACAGUAAAGUUACAGCUUUGACUUAAAUAAUGUACGGUUUUAAAAAUAAAUACAAUACUUAUCACCAUAUUUCCUACCUGGAAAUAUGAGGCGGAGGUCCAUGACUCAUAUUGACUUCCGUGUGUUUUGUUUUGCAGAAAAAAAAGUCCAAAGAACAUUCUCAUGCGAACAAAGAAAACAUGUUGGGCAAAAGACCGAUAGAACCAACACAUACAAACUUCUCGAUUGCCGAUGAUUCAAACACGUGUAAGCAAUAAAUAUUAACUUAAUGAUUAAUGAUUUAUUACACCGCAAGUGAAUAUAAUUUAAACUAAUUUUUAUUUGCAGCAUUUUCUGUUAGCGAUUCUCAUUCUCAAGAACCAACUGAAUUUGCUACCCAGCUGGGUUUCUCAGAAGACUCAAAUUCUCAGAGUAGCGAAGCGCCUCCAACUAAAAAAUUGAAAACUGAAUUGCUGAAAACAGAAUUAUUGAAAACUGAAAAAAUUGAAUGAGGAGUUGACCUCCUAUGGCUCUAUCCCUUUGAUACAUUUUUUUAUUUGUUUGUGUAUUAUAAUUUUUUUUUUCAUGUAAAAACACAUUACUACCUACCUACCUCUAUAUGUGUUAAUAUUUAUAUUGAGGUGGAAAACAUUUUUCCGACGUGAAAAACGGUAACUUAUUUGGUUAUAUGCUGACACCUUCCUUCCAUUGAUGAAAACUCAUUCCUCUGUGUUGAAUUUUUUUUUAUAUAUAUUAGAAGCAAAUGUGAAUUUGUGUAAAUAUUACCUUUAAGUCACAAUUUUAUUUAUAUUUAAUUUGUAUUAUUUUUAUUUUGAGUGAAAAAAACAAUUAAUCAUAAAUAACAAAAUAAUAUAAUUUGAUAUUUUUAAUGUUUAUAUUAUUAUAGUAGUUAUUUUGGUUUAAGAAUGAUUUAAAUGUAUACCUUGUUGCAUUUACACCAGUUACUAAGCCUGGAAAAAGCCUAUUAAACUUUAAUCUAAAACUAACAUUUAAGAAAUGGUUAAUUUCAACUAAUAUACAGUACAUUUUAAAGAAUUUUCCAUUUUUCACAAUCAUUAUCGGAA